UUUAAGGAGUUUGAAAUUUUUUAAAAAUUUGUUAAAUAUGACGAUAAUAAUUUUUCUUGUUGAUACGAGUGCUUCAAUGUUGCAAAGAACAUAUUUGGGGACUACAUACUUAGAUUAUGCAAGACUAGCAAUAGAACAAUUCCUUAAGCAAAGACAACGGGAUCCAGCAUCAAGCGGGGACAGAUACAUGUUGAUGACUUUUGAAGAUUAUCCACAAAAUAUCAAGGUUAUUAGAUUCGAAAAAAUUUUUUGUUGUAAUAGUUUGGUUUAGAUCCCCCGUUUUUCCCUGUUUUCUGACCAUUUUGAGCUUUUUUGAAAGCAUUUGAAUGAGCUCUUCAAGGGCUGGAGUGAAGUUGAAUCCUGCUGGAAAAGCUUGUGUCGUCAUAAGG